AUGUCAACAUUGCCUACUUCACAUAAGGACUGUUCAGAAUCUUGCAUCCGAUUGGUUGAUGUAGAUGGUGAUGGAUAACUUGAUGUCCUCACUGGGUUGGCUAUUGGUAAAGAUAUUACUGAAAUGGUUCUGGAAUCUACAAUGGAUCAAUUUUGUUCCAAACAUGGAAUGCAAACACCAUGUGCAGGGGCUGUGUUACGAGGUUAUGAUGGAAAAUUACUGUGGCAAACAAAAACAUAUUCAGAGAUUUUUGUAAUGAACUGUCAUGGCGUUGAUGUCAAUCAGGAUGGAUUAGAUGACUGCAUUGUUUCUGGACGACUGACAGAUCUUAGAGCAAUUGACCCUAAAACAGGACUUAAGUACUUUUUGGAAACACAACUCAACUGUGUGUCUUACCCUGAUAACCUGAAACUAGGUUGGAAUAUAGAUACAACAACCCCCAUACCUGAUAUGAACUAUGAUGGUAUCAAUGAAUUUGUAAUAUUACACGGAGGAGAUCCAAUUAUACCUGCUGAGACUCAUAAACGCCAUUCUGAACGACUGAUAAUGAUAAACGGAGCAACAGGACAAAUAAUGGGUCGUUAUUUAGACAUGCCAGAGGAUAAGGAAAUGUGUAUAUCACCGGUUGUACACCAGCGCAAGGGUGGUUCAAUGUACAUUUUGUAUGGCAGGGGUGAGGAAACAGUUGGAGGUUUAUUCCUUGCUAUAUCUGUGCCAGACUUCUACAGAUAUGUAAACAAUCUAGACCAUAGUCACAAAGCACCAACCGUGGGAGGACAGUAUACACGGUGGGGAUAUAGGAAACCUAAUUUUAAAGGCGAAAUCGAACUGUACAGAUCAGAAGAAAAUGAUGUCAUGGUUCCUCCAGUUCUUGUAGAUAUAAAUAAAGAUGGAGUAAAGGAUAUUCUUAUGUCGGCAUUUGACGGAACAAUGAUUCUUUUUGACGGAGAGACAUUGGAUGUUUUAUGAAAGAUCAAAUUUGAGGGCAAAGAAUCUUACAGUUCCACUGCUCCAGGAUAUUUAAACGAUGAUGAUACACUAGAUUUUAUGUUACACUGGAGUGGAGGAGCCUGGCUUGUCUACAAUAGCACUGAUGUGAUUGUCAUUGAUGGAAAUGAUGGUGUCGUAUUAUGGAAUACUACCAGUCACACAUAUGGUGUGUCAUCAGAUCGGGCUAGAAUUAGUAGUUAUCACAAGGAUGUAUUUCUUUUCCGAAUGCAAGGUCGUAAAGGUGAUGGCGCAUUACACCAAGCAGCAAUUCACGGAGCCACAGGAGCUCAAAGAGUUUACGUAAUCCAAAAAAAAAAAUCUUACCAGACUUUGAUGAUAACUGAGUGGUUUGCCAUGGACAGGACAGUAAUGAAGGCGCCGAUUAAGUUGUGGGGAAAAGGAUCAGAAAAACAUUAUUAUAGAUUGACAGACGAGGAUCGUAAGUCAGUACAAAAAGUUGUAAAAACGUUUGGGGAUAACCAUACACUGACAGAGUUGGAAGUUCCAUGGACAAGAGGAAAACGUCAGGCUCCUGGUGCAAUGUGUAUCAUGGUACAACCAGAUGAAUGGACAACGGGAGCUAUCGGAGAUGUGGACGGCGAUGGAAAGUUAGAUGUAAUUGUGAAUCUGAUUUCUGUUAGAAUAUUGCGUGACGAUUAUGCUCAGUUUGUCAAAAUGAUAUUUGAUGUAGACAUUUAUAAAUUCAGCUUAGAGGAUAUCAUAGACAAUGAAAUGUACACAACCACUUAAUGUGACAAUCCAUGAGAGAAUGAGGAAUUCUUUCAUGAGAAUAAAAUAACUAACCUCAAAUUCCUGCCGCCAGAGAAACAAAUUUGGGGUGGCUAUAUGGGUACCCUUGGUAAUAGUGUAUAUGAACCAUAAAGUUUGAAUUGUUUUAUCAGCCAAACAGUAAAUAUAUUGUAUGAUUAUCUUGUGAUUAUAAUUACACAA